UGGGCCCCAGGCCGGCGGGGGCUGCCGGGCGCCCCUUCGGCCUCUGUCCAGAGCGGAGCCGCUCCCGUGCGGCAUGUACGGGUCCCCGCGGGGCCGGGCCGCUCAGUGGGCACCUGGACACAGUCCUCGGGGCAAGGUGUCCCCUGCCCUGCCCUGCCCAUAAACCCCAGGGGCCGGCAAGGCUCCGGGCCUCGCCUAAGAGCCCGGGGCUUCGGCUGCGCUUGUCGGUCUGCUUGCAGGCAGCGGUUGCUUGAAAGGGGCCUUGGCCAGCUGAAGAACAGUAGCGCUGCGGCGGACCGGCUCUUAGUGUCCCUUUCACCAGCUGCGGGGUUGGUUCCCCCUGGCAUUGCGCUCAGCAGGGACAGACACCGAGGGGUCGGCCUGACUUUCAGGUUCUCUCAUGCCAGCAAAUUGCUGUUCUGCUUGGUUUGCAAACGCUCAAGAAAGUGUCUAAAUCAAGCUGGAGUGUCUUCCUCUGAUUUUAAAAAUAUAAACUGUUAUAAAAGAACAUAGUAAUGAUAAUACGGAUGCUACUAACGUCUAGAUUUUACAAAACAUUGUUGAUAAAAACAGUGUUCCCAUCUAAGCUACUUUAAAUAGCUUAGUUCCCUCUGUCUUUUGGGUGAAGGAAGUUAUAUAAAUACUUUCUUCAUACAACACCUGCACUGGUUUAAUCCAUGCAAAUUCUGUGUAUAAGUUGCUGGGAAGCAUUGUGUUGUAAGAAUGCUACUUUAAUGAGACAUCUGCCGUUAAUUACAUUGAGAAUGUUCUUGACAGAACUAACAAGGCUUUUUCAAAAAUGCAGAACCUCAGGGAGUGUUUACAUAACACUGAAAAAAUAUGAUGGUAGAACAAAACCCAUUCCACGUAAGGGCCAUGUGGAAGGUUUUGAGCCAGCGGACAAUAAAUGUCUUCUGAGAGCAACGGAUGGGAAGAAGAAGAUUAGCACAGUGGUCAGCUCAAAGGAAGUAAAUAAAUUCCAGAUGGCCUAUUCCAACCUGUUGAGAGCUAACAUGGAUGGCCUGAAGAAGAAAGACAAGAAAAGCAAAAAUAAGAAAAGUAAAGCAACCCAGUGAUGGAACAGAAUGUCUUUCCAUCACUGCAUGACUUGCAUUCUAGCCUUCAAAGUCCAUUUUUUCCUAAGUCAACACUUUCUUUUGGCAGUAGAAUACUGAGAUGUGAAUAGUACCUUCACUUAAAUAAAAUGAAAAUAAAAGGUGAUUAUUUGGCAGGAACAUUCACAGGAUUAGACUGAAACCUCUUCACUCUCAGCUGCUGUGUUUUGUUACACAGGAUAGUCAGUGUAAACUGUUUUGGGGGAUGCAGUGGGUGGUCACAAGGGCAAAGUAAGAAUAGAUCUUUAGUGAAUGAAAGCCUAAUUCUGUAGAUAAGCUUCAUGUAAACUAAGUAAGGAAGUUGAGAAUUAGUGGGAACAUUGACUUUUUUUCUAUUUUAGCUUCUAGAAGUGGUUGGAGGUUAAGAGGUCAUGACCAAAAAAAGCAAGUCCUACAGCUUCACGUUACCAGUGCAAUGACUGUUUUAGUAAAAGUCUCAUUAUUGGGUGAUUCUUAGUUUGAAUGGUUAUAUUGCUACCACUCUGAAAACUGUAAAUAUAGUAUUAUUUGCUUGUUCCUAUUAAACAAUCAGAAAUGAA